UACAAAGUCAAAGCUUUCAUUGAUUUUCACUGAGAAUAGCACCGACAUCAAAGUAACAUGUUAGCUUUUACCAUACUGUGCCCAAUCUUUGUAAUCUUUGGAACGAUAUUGCAGAUCGUUCGAUCAGAAGAAUGCAUAAGGUGGCAAAACCAUGAAAAAGAGCUCAGCAAUUGCUGCAAGUGGGAUCCUCCGUAUCCACGAGAGUCCAUGCACCAUUGUUCACAAUCAGCAACAGAACAAGUCACACAAGAUAAACAGGAAUUAUACAGGUGUAUUUUUGAAUGCUACUUCGAGGAGCUUGGGAUCGUUGUCGAUCAGACCUUGAACGUGGAUAAGCUUUCCGAGUACCUUCAGGCGCUGAGUGAAGAAGUCCGCAACCAUGUGAUUGACACGUACAAAAAGUGCGCCGCUGAGACCACUAAUACGUUGCGGGUAUGCAAUUCGUUCGCCCAAGAGCUUGAGAUGUGCGCUCUGGAGGAAAUUGGCGUUGGCUGUCCGGAUGAGAUCUUUACUCCUGGUGAGAUCUGUGACAAAAGGAGAAGUGGCGUCAAAUUUUGUCAGGACUAAAAGAGAACUCAAUGUCAUUGAGUUACUUGUUUCAGCUGACUAAACGGAUACGUAAGAGAGUUGCCUUUGGUUUCAAGGGGUACUCAUAGGACUGCGUGCAGUCGAUUCCAAUUGAUUUGUUCCAGGUUGAUAUUUACAAAAUAAAAUCUUCGUGAGCAUGAUACUCUAUUGAAUUUUUAUUGUAAAAUAUUCGUUGAAGCUUUGUAUGUAUGACUAGGAAGUCACU